AUGCGAGGGGAGCCCGAUGAUGACAUACUGCUAACCUACUGCCCAACGCUUUUUGUUGUUGGUUCAGAGGCAUGCGACUACCACCCGGGUGCGAUGAACCACACAUGUCUGUUUGAUCGGUCCCAUCCAACACACAAUCUGGUCCGUUUUCCUGUUCCGUUUGUCCCGUCUGCGCAUAACUCAGAAAGUUGUAAACCGAUGUAUUGGAGCAAAUAUGUGACUUCCUUUCUAUGGACUUGGACAAAACGUGAGAGAUCGCGUCUUGUUCCUAUGCCUUUGAAUGAUACGUUCAAGAUUGAUUUGAUGCAGCUUAAAAUUGAUGAAAAGGCAGCUCAAGCGAGUCGAAAGCCAAAGGAGGAAAGCAUAGUUGACAGCCAUCUGUACUGCCAACCGUUACCUUUCUGCCUAUUCCUCGAGAGGCCAUCUGCCGUCACCGCUUCUGUUUCGCAACUUCGAAUAGCGUGCGACUCAAACUUCCAGAACCUACUGAAAAAAGCUGGAAAUGAUAAACCUUCAAAAUGGCCGGAGGAGCGACCACUGCUUUCUAGUAGUUUCAAGGAACCUCGUCUUCCCGCAAAACCUGGAUCUGCCAUGGCAUCUCCAGUACCUGCUCGUACGGAGUCUCCAAAUCUGCUGGAUCCUGCAUCGAUUUCGUUGACUUAG